AGGCCGGCGUCGCGACGCUCUCGCCGUCAUUCCCGUGCGCGCGGACACUGAAGUUGCGGUAACCCGGCGAUACCGGACAUCGUCGUCGUCGUCGUCGUCGUCGUCGUCGUCGUCGAUGAUUCACGGAGGCAGUUGAGAGUCGCGCGUCCACGCAGCCACGUGAGAACGGAGGACCACUCGUCCGCGAAUGAGAGUUUCAUCCCCCGGCAAAAAGAAACGCAACAGGACAUCUUCUUUUAACGGUUCCGAGAAGGUAACCCCGUCACUCUCGCAUUUCACCUGCAAGACCGCAGGGUCGCACCGGCGGAAUCUGACAGCAACAGAUUCAAAUCAGAGGCAUCAUGAAGUCAAGAACAAGUUUAAUAACUAUCAGAAUUAUUAUGUUCUACCUGUUGAGCGUCGUUGGACAAUCAGCGGCAAUACAAGAGGCACCUUCCACGUCUUUACAUAUUCCACGACUGCAUCCGUUGUUGAACAAUUUGGAAUUUGAAGAACCUGAAAAAAGAUCUUACAUUGCCGAAUACAAGAGGCUACCCCUUUAUAACUUCGGCAUUGGAAAACGAUGGAUUGACAGUACUGAAGAUAAAAGAAACAAGCAAUUCUCGUUCGGUAUUGGCAAACGGGUCCGAGACUUCAGGUUCGGUAUAGGAAAACGCAACAAUUACCAUCCCUUGAGUUUGGACUACUUCCCGGCCGACAAUAUGGAAGGGUAUCAAUUACGCGACGACAACUUGAACGAUUUUAUAGAGGACAAACGUAGCCAGCAUUUUGGUUUUGGACUCGGUAAGCGAGUCUGGAAGUUGCCGACUGGAGGAGAAACAGCCGUAUCCGGAAGAAGACUGAACGAUGCUAUAGUUCCGAAAUACUUGCUCGGUUUGGGCAAAGAAUUGGAUGAGGACGAUGAUCUGAUUCAGUAAAGCGUUUUCGUCGGGGAGCACGAAUUAUUAUUUUCCUCGUUCGCUUUAAUCCUUGGACGAUCCCAGAAAGAAAUUUAUUUAUUUUUGAAAAUAUUUUAGCAAAAUGCAAUAAUAGCGGAUAGAUGAUAGCGGAUAUUAAUUAAAAAGACUGUUAUUUAUUAAUUGUUUGACGUUUUGAAUUCUGGAUGUGUCAGGUGUAUUUUUUCAACAGCAUAAAUUUAUUAAAAUUAUCGUAUUAGUAUUUUGUGUCACAUAAAUUAAUAACUAAUUAACGUACUUUUAUUACUAAGAUUUAUUGAUAAAUUAAAUAUAUGUUUUUAUAUUUUUUCAAAUAAUAAUACGGAUAUUCGAUCGAGAUUAAAUUCAUUGAAAUUAUUUCUAAUGCAGUUUUCUUGAAUGUCAAUACCAUCGUACCGUGUAUGUUUUUAUUGAGUGCCAAGAGCAGAACAAAUUGUCCACCGAAGUUACGAGCGAUAACUAGAUGUCGGAAUUUCUUUUUAUUUCUUAAAACUUGGUAUAAAAUUCGUGCGCCAUCGACAGUUCUCUUUCUACUUGUAAAUCUUAAAAAGAAACGCAGGUUCCUUAAUGGAAAGAUACAUUUAAUGUAGAAAAAUUUUCCGAAUAUUUUCUUUUAGACAAAGCUAUUUUAUUGCUUCUGUAAUGCACCUUAAUUAACAAUUAAAACGUUUGUUUUAUGUUUUACGUAAAAUGCAAGCCAAAUGCAAACAAAGAAAAAAAAACAUUCAAAAAAAUGUAUAAGUUGUGUUAUAUUUUUCAAUAUUUAGCGAUUACAUCGAUUUCAAAAUAAAAUUUUCUUAAUGAUUUUUGUAAACAUCCCACAUUUACAAAAUAUAAUGAUAUGAUCGACAAAAGUGACAAGAGAGUCAUUAAGUUAAUUGCAUUUUUGUAUUGCUAUAAAUUACAUUGUAAUUUACAAACGAUAAACGCAAUUUACUGUACGAUAGAUAAGAACAUUAUCUUGAUGUGCUAAAAAGUUAUAUCCUACGUAACCGCGUCAGUAUUGUCUUUAUUGUUCGAUGAUUAUAUUUCUAAUCGUUAGGAAGAAAUGAAGCUAAUUGUACCAAUGUUAUAAUAAAUCUUGUAAUUUUUUUUUCUUACACACAUACACACACAUACACAUACGCACACACACAUACACAAACAUGUGUGCGUGUGUGACAUAUGUGAAUAAUUUUUAAUACUACUUUAUUUACUUAUGUAUGUCAAUUAAAUAAGAAUUUUGUUAACAAUAAAUGUUGCUAAUAUUUUCACGCGUGACGUAGCAAUGUAGAUUUAUUCUAUAUUCUAUAUUCUAUAAUAUAUUCGAACAUACCAUUAUAAUAAUAAAUAAAUGAAUGCAAA